CGUUAUUUGAUAGUUAUCGGAUAAUGCCAUUCUGCCCAUACCAGUCUAGAUAGCGAGGUACAAAGCACGCGGCCUUGCUGUAGUUUAUGCUUCAGUUCAUCGCUUUGCAUCGCGGCUUCGACACGCACUUUUAACGCCCAUCCAUCUUUGAGGACCUGGCCUGCUUGAAAGUCGGUCACCAGCCAUGCCGUGGGCCCAGCGGCUCCGGGCGCUGGGCGUUCCACCGGGAAACUGUCGUCGGGCAAUCGUGACCGGCGUGACGGCAGCGGCGUGCUUUGCCGCGCCGCGGCCGGCUGCCGCCGCUUCGCCCGCGGCAGAGCGCCAGCUGCGCCUUCUGCACCAGGUGCGGGCGGCGGGGAAGCCGGCGAAGGCGGAGGCGGCAAUAGCGGAGGCGGAGGCGGCCAAGGCGGUAGCGGAGGCGGCCAAGGCGGAGGCCGAGGCGGAGACGGCAAAAGCGGCAGCGAAGGUGGCAGAGGAGAAGGAGAAGGCGGAGGUGGCGAGAGUGCAGGCGGAGGCGGAGGCGGCUGCGUCGCGGGCGCGGGUGGCGAAAGUGGCGGCAGAUAAGGCGGAGAAGGCGACGGGGGCGGAGCAGACGCUGGCGGACAACAAGAAGGGAAACGCUGCAGUGGCAGGGUGGUCGGCUCUCGUCCUCGCUGCGUGCAUGUGGGGUUACUACGCUCGUGCGGCCGCAGCUCUCUCCAAGCGGCUGGUUGGCGUCAUGUGGCAAGGGGUCUCAUCACAACCCUAGUUGAUGGUGCACCCCUAUUUGCAGACGCGGAAAGCCAUCAUUGGGCUCUGCUGGGUCGCCUUCAGCUUCACCCUGCCCGCACCGGACAUCAUCGCCGUGCUGGGGAUGGCGCCCGCGUUCGAGACGUGCAGCAAGGUUUCGGCGCUGGCGGAUGAGUGGCUGGGGAUGAUCAUGGUUGGGUGGCAGCUCCCCUGGGGAUGAGUUAGAUCAGGAGUUGCAGGUUGCUGUGUUGAGCAACACUUGUAGUGCACAUGGCCAUGGCGAAACUCUUUGACUUGCAAACGUGUCUGUUGUAUCCUCUGUUGUAAGGUUUGCAAUGCCACGCACUGCACCGUGCCCGCGGUCUGAGGCCUUCAGAUAUAUAUGGUGCUGUGUGCCAAGCAGGAGCGAGAAGCGGAGAAUGGUAAAGAGUGGACUGCAAUUACAUGCAGAGAUUUCGGAAGCGCUGAAGCUGAAGCGUCGAAAGUUGAACGGAACGGUCCGAACAGUGCGCCAAUGUCCGGAGUUUUGCCGGACUUUCGCCCGAGUUUCGGCUGAGUUUCUCGCGAGUUUCUGUCGAGUUUUCGCCGACUU